AUGUCCGACCUCAUCCUCGGCCAAACUGCCCCCGCACGCGCCAUCUCCGACAUCGACAUCACGACCAGGACGGCCCUCGAUACGUGGCGCGGGCCCUCGCGCCGCCCUGGCCCACCUCUGCCCCUGCCAACGCGAGCUGAGGGGCUCGCCCAGAGGCGCCGCAUGGAGGAGAGCCCGGUCGGGCGAUACAUGGCUGCCAAAGACCGCGCGGCGCCGCCCAGCCCCGAGCGUCCCCUGCCGCCUAUCACGCCGGCGGACGCGGCCGUCAUCGAGGCAAUGGUGCAAGCUACCCUCGACAUGGGGCGCGACGCCGACGCCGACGCCACAACCCUGCGUCCGACCAUGGCGCGGCUGUACUUCUCCAAGCGGGAGGUCGCGGAGAUCAAAUGGCGGAACAAGGCAGAGCAGGCGCAGCGCGCGCACUCGGCCCAAUGGCGCGAGGCGCACCCCCGCACUGGGCUGUUCUCGCGCGGCCCGCCGACCCCACCGCUGCCCCCUCCGCCGCCGUUCAACCCCGACAUCCUGGGCGAAUACAAGCACAUGCUGCACGGCGGCGGGAUGUAUGGCGGCCCCGUGCCCGGGUGUACCUACUGCGCGCCGAUGCUCGCGGCAAGGGAGCGGCUAGCGCGCGAGUUUGACGACAACCAGGCUGCGUUGAGGGCUGCCCGCGAGCGGAGGUGGGCGCGGCGUGUGGCCGAGUGGCGCGGGCCAGAGGUCUACGACCACGCGCGGGCGGCGGCGGUUGCUGACCGCUUCGGGGUCGGAUGGGACGAGCUGCAGGGCGGCGCGGCGUGGGACGAGGCCGAGGCCGAGUGGGAUAGGUUGCAUCCUUAUAGCCAGGACUAG